AUGCGGUCUUGGAUUCGACGACACGUUCACAGGGACAAGACUGGUAGGAGCGAUUGGGAACAUCAAUCGAAAUGGGCUCAAUCGAAAUGGGCUGGUUGGAAGGCUGGUGUUAUGGGGGAUGUUUUGUCAUCAAGUGCACGACCAAUUAUAUCGGGAAUUGAAUCAAAGCCUGUGCAAAAACCAUCGGCCAUGUUGUCAUUGACUGCAUUAUCUGUUAUUUCAACAGUCGAACGAGACUCAAAUGCUGUACUAGAGCCAUCUACAUUAUCUUCGGCUGAGCUACCAGUUCUAUCAGGAUUUGAAUCCAAGCCUCAUUGGAAGGUUCGGGUGGGUAAUACCACCGUGGAAGUGAAGACAGCUCUCAACAAUAUCGUCAAAGCAGCGCAGUAUGCCCAGUCCUUCAUUGGGACAGUGGUGUCAGGAGAGCCUCAUGCCGCUCUGGCUUGGGCUGGAGUGAGCUUGUUCUUACCUGUAGGUCUCUCCCUAUUUCUCUAUCAGUAUCAAUUCGCGGGCUUAUUUAACACCGUAAAACAGCUUCUAAUAAAUGCUUCCGAGCAACCGAAGGAUCUUGUUAAGGGCGUUGACUAUAUCUCCAGAAUCCUUUGUCAAGUUUCCGUCAUCGAGCGCAUGUAUCAGGAACAAAUUGCCUAUUUUCCCUUGGCGACUGCUACCAGGGAUACUGCAAAACUCUUCUCAAAGUUUGAAGAAGACCUUACGAACUUCUACGCAAAAAUAUUGCAGUAUCAAUGUCGUGCGUCAUAUCAACUAAAUUCCACUAAAGCGACUCGUGUGGCAAGAGAUAUGAUCAGGUUGGAUAAUUGGGAUGGCUUGUUGACCGAACCUAAAGAACACGAGGCUGCAUGCGAUAGCUCCAGGAUCGAAGGAGAGAAUCGCUGCAUACAAAACUUUUAUGUAUCCGCAUACGAGAAGCAGAUGAACCGAAAUUCGGAUGCUAUCAAGGGAACCUGCCAUUGGCUAAUUGAUCACCCUAACUUCGCACACUGGAAAGAUUCAGAGUCGUCUUCUCUGUUGUGGGUUUCUGCUGGCCCCGGUUGUGGCAAAUCAGUAGUGUCAAGGAUGCUAAUCAAGAUGUUAUCCGAGAAGCGUCCGCAGCCGGCAAAGUCGAGAACCGUUUGCUAUUUCUUUAAGGAAGAUGAUGAUUCGCAACGAACGGUAGAAAAUGCGCUAUGCGCUAUACUGCAUCAGAUUUUGACCGCACCUGGGAAUUCAAAGCUCGAUGUGGGACAUAUUGAAAAAUAUUGCGCAAGAUCCAUCAGCGGGGGAAAUCAUCUGCAUUUGGAUGCACUUGAUGAGUGCGAAGACACAAGUCGUUACAUGCUUAUUGAUACUUUGCGAGAAUUUCAUCGCGACUGCAUCGAGAAUUCAAAUUCUAUAAGUCUCCAUCUUAAAAUUCUUGUCACAAGCCGACCUUAUACUGGUAUUGAGAGGAGAUUUAAGGCUUUGACAGGAAAAUUCCCUACCAUCCGACUAUCGGGUGAUGAGGAGUCAGCGAAAAUCAGCAAAGAAAUUGAUCUUGUAAUCGAAGAAGAGGUUAAACGUCUCAGAAAUUACAACUCAAAACAACUGAGAGGCAUUUGUCUCAUGUUAUUAAAGAACUUCCACAAACAAGUGGAUCAGGCAUACGAAGCUAUAUUGAACCGAAUUCCAAAGGGUGAAUUGGGACGAGCUAAGAAGCUCUUGAGCAUUGUCGUUGCGGCAGAAAGGCCUUUGCAUGUACAGGAAAUGAAUGUGGCUCUCGCUGUAGACGAAGAGCCAACUCAAAAUUCACUAUCCAGUCUUGAUAUUGAGUCUGAAGCUAAUUUUCGGGCGACUCUGGGAAACAUUUGUGGGCUAUUUGUCACAGUCGUGGACUCGAAAGUAUAUCUUAUUCACCAGACGGCUCGCUCAUUUUUAUUGUCGAAUCACGAAACACCACAAGACAUGAUUGAUAAUUUUGAAUUUAAAUGGAAAGGCUCUGUGCAUCGGUCGGCUGCCCAUCUGUUACUGGGCAAAAUCUGUGUCAACUAUCUUCUUUUCCGCGAUUAUGAGCAAGAACCUCCAUUUUUCAAGCUGAAGCAAUGGAAUGUGUUGAGAGAAACUGAUUGUGGAAAACAACUUACUCUUUGCUUUACAGGUGCCACACAAAAACACUCAUUGGCUAUAUAUGCUUCACAAAACUGGGGAUUGCAUAUACAACAAACGAACGUUGUCGAGAAUACGGCCUUGUCCAACGCUCGAUAUAUAGUAGAAGAGUUGGACUGUUUCUAUCCUUUGGCAAUUGCCGUGAAUUCAGGUAUCGAAUUUAUGGUCCGACGCGCUUUGGAAAGUCAAGGCCCUUCUGAUAUCCAAUGUAGACAAGCAUUAUGUCAAGCUAUUAGACUGGAACAUACAAAGGCUGUACAAAUGAUUCUAGAAGACCGAAAGUUGGAAGAUCUUCAUGCCCCUUUACUGACUGCAAUUGGGAUGCACAGAUUUGAUCUGGUAAGGUUGCUGAUUAAAUAUGGUGCCGGGGAACAAGACCUUUAUCAAGAGGCUCUUGACGAUGCUACGGACACUGAUUUCGGAGAUUUCGGUGAAGCUAUCCUAUACAGGGAAUGGGUUGCUUAUUUCGGAUACCCAUUUUUCCAGCUAGUCAUCGCUCACUGCGAUGAGCGUGCCCUAGCAUACCUGAUCAGUCUUGGAUUAAACCCCGACGGCUUACUAUAUGACCAUGAGACACCACUAACGUGGGCUGUCUGUUGCAGACAACCGACCAUGGUGAGGGCUUUAAUUGAGCACGGGGUUGAUGUCAAUGGGUCGAAAUUGGGCGGUUGCAAUCCCAUAUCUCAAGCGCUUCUGUUAGCAGAUUCUGAUCUAAACAUACAAAGGAUCAAUGAUAACGACAACAUAUCGCCGAAAUUUCUGAAUUCAAUGUGGGAGCAUGAUUGUAUAAUAGCAACGCUUCUAGUGGCCGGCGCGAAAACUACUGGUUUAUCGGACUUAGAGUCGAAUGCGUUGUCGGAAUUCCAUCACCGUCAGAAAAAGCGUAGAGAACUUGGAAUAUGUACUGAUACUGGUCUUGAUUUACAGAAGCUAGCGAAUAGGCCGGAUUUAGGGUCUACCUAA